GCAGGGGGAGCUCCGUGCGCCGUGCCGGCGGGGAGCGGGCGGCUCCGGGGCGGCCAUGGCCACCCGCCCGCGGCCCGCCGCUAUCGGGGCAGCGGCGCUGGCCCUGGCGGCCGCGGCGGCCUGCGCCUGGGCCUGGGCCCGCCUGCGGAACCGGACCGCGCCGACCGCCGGCCGCACCCCCCCCGCCAGCACCGCCGCCGCCGAUCAGGGUAAAGGACACACCAAGCAGGUGCUGGUGCUGGGCCUGGAUGGGGCUGGGAAAACCAGCAUUCUCCACUCCCUGGCAACUAACCGUGUCAAGCGCAGCGUGGCUCCCACCGAAGGCUUCCAUGCCAUCUGCGUCAACACCGAGGAGUCCCAGCUGGAGUUCCUGGAGAUCGGGGGCAGUGAAUCUCUGCGUUCAUACUGGAAGAUGUACCUGCCCAAAGUGCUGUUGCUAAUCUACGUCGUGGACUCGGCUGAUCACGCCCGACUGCCUGUGGCAAAACAGCUGCUUCAUCAACUGAUCCAGAACAACUCCACCCUGCCGGUGGUGGUUCUGGCCAACAAGCAGGACCUCGAAGGUGCAUAUAGCAUCACCGAUAUCCACGAUGCUCUGGCGCUGUCUGAUAUUGGGGAUGAGAGGAAGAUGUUCUUGAUUGGUACCCACGUGGCAGAGGAUGGCUCCAAGAUCUCCUCCAGCAUGAAGGAUGCCAAGGAGCUGAUAGCGCAGCUGGUUUUGGAAACACAGUGACAGCUCUUUUCCUAUGAUGUAAUGUUUGCCACUGAGGGAGACAAGGUGUUAGUGUAUGGUCAGUUUGCCCCAUGGCAACUGAAACAUACAGAUAUCUUUUCCUUGUGGGUGUGGAAUUCCUAUGAAAAUGAUGUCUAGUUGGUAAAAAAAUCUAAUUUAUAGUGCUUUGAAAAUACAUUUGAAAAGCAAUGUAUUUUUUAGCAUAUUUGUAGGGGAAAAUUAGUUUAAUGAACAGCAGAGUUAAGGGCAUAUAUAGCUUAGAUGGGCUGAGAUGGCUUCUCGCCAGGUGGGAAUCAAGCAUUGACUUUAGUGGAACAAAGUUGUAUGCAGUGAAUAUAACCUGGCUCGAUGUCUCAGGCUUAAAUUGAAAUAUGUUUAUUUCACGGUUUUUGCAGAACUGUGUUAACAGUGUUGUUCUGUUAAAAAUGAGACCUUGCUUCUUGAGAGUGCCAGAAAUAUAAAGUGCUGUGACUAGUAUUUUUGACAGUGAUGACUUUUGUUGUCACUGUAUUGGAGUCAGCUUUUAAGGGAGUGGCAAAUUAGUAGUCUCUGGAAAUUGGGUUGGUUACUGCUUCUUUAGUGAAUAAAACCAAGAAAACGAGUGGUAAGACA